AGAAAGUCUUGUGAGGCUCAGUCAGAGAGAGUAGCAGACCUCGAAUGAGAGCAAGACGUCCCAGACCUUGAAGUUCUGUGUUGUUCUUCCUUUCCACCUCAGCUACGCAGCAAGGCCAAUGUCACUCCGCACAACAGGCAUUAUGGGACUAAGAAUGAAAUCUAUCAUUUUACUGGUGUCUGUGAUUCUAGAGCUCUCAGGAGGUCAACUGGUGUUGAAAUCUAGUUCUUCUCUAGUAUCCGACGUACAUAUAGCAUGCAACAGCAACACAAUUCUCAUCACCAUAGCAACCUCGUCCAACUUCAAUGGAAUGAUCUACCCCAAAGGCCUGUCUAAAAACUCCACGUGUAUGAUGGAAUACACUAAUGGAGGUCCCUACAUAAACUACACCUUACCCCUCAGAUCCUGCAACACAAUGAGCGCCGAUUUUGACGAAGGCGUCGAAUACUUCAAUACGGUGGUCAUUCAGCCUCAUAGAAAGUUGGUCACCAGUCAAGGACGGGGCUAUCAUGUCCGAUGUCGGUACCAGACCAAAGAUCAGACUAUUACUUCAAAUUUCAAUGUCAGCAUGAUCGGUACUACUCCUGUGACAGCUACUGCACCGCUACCAAGCUGCACCAUGAAAAUUUUCCAAGGAGAACCAGAGGACGGGAUUAUUGCUGAAAACGUCAAAAUUGGAGAUCUUUUGAGUUUAGUAAUCAGCAUCGAUUUUCAAGAUGCCUACGGCCUAAAGGUAACCAACUGCUUAGUGCGAGAUGGACUGAACUGGGGUGAACAACCGCUUAUCAAUAACGAAGGAUGUCCAGUAGACGAAGAUAUCAUGGGCCCCUUCGAGUACGUGCACAACAAAACCCAAGCCAGGGUAACCUUCCAGGCUCAUAAAUUCCCCUAUACCUCAUCUGUCUAUUACCAGUGCAACGUCAAGAUGUGUCUCAAGAACUCAGGAGGAUGCGACGAUGUGCCUCCUAUUUGCGACGGCGGCUUCAACAUCCGCAGAAGGCGCAGGAGUACCGACCAGCUGGAAGACAUUGGCAACUUGCAGGCCCUCAGACUGGAGGAAGUGCAUGCUAGGGACAGGAGCGUUGAGGUGUUCUCCGGUCUCUACGUCAGCGAAGUAGACGACCAAAAGUCUUCAAGCGAAUUGCCACUGGAGUCCGAUUUGAAACCAGUUUCCACUGAUUUCUGUGUGUCCACUCGUAAAUUUGCCGCCGGAAUCGCCGUGGCGGGCAUCCUGCUCAUGCUGGCCGUCAUGUUCCUCGUCAUCUGUGUCUUGCACAAAAGACGAAGGCGAAAAGGUGCUUCUUCAGCUUCUUCUAUUUACUCUGGACCCUACUCCAACCACGCCUACUCAAGGGACUAGACACACUUCGAAUUAUUCAAGGACUUUCCAACUCAUCUGAUUAUGUUUCUCGACGUAUCUGGGAUAUUUAGCUUACAUUUACAUUGUGCUGUUCUUUUUUCAUUCGCCAUAUGAAUGUUUGAUUUGAAGACUAAUUCGUCAUCAUUUUGCUUGUUAAUGAAUACAUUAUUGGUUGGUAUUUUUAUGCAAAAGCUACCCCUUUCACAAGUGCUUUUACAUUUAGUUAGGAUAUAUUAAAAUGGUUAUUCUAAAAAGUACUAUUUUUUUAAAUUUCUUCUUUUUAUGCAGCAUAUUUUAAUCAUUGAUUACAUAUUUAAUUAAACUAUAAAUUAAAGUAAUGAUACAACAAUUACGAACUCAUUUUAAUAUCUAAUUAUAUAGAAAAUAUUAAUUUUCAUCUUCGUUUUUCACUGACUGUAAACUCCACUGACUACAUUGAAAAAAUUCUUAAGAGUUGAUAAUUCCACAUAAGUUUAAAUUUUCGGACUCGGAAUUUAGCCCAUAUUUUUCUUCCUAUAUGAAGCAAUGAUAAUAAUGUAACAAUAAUAUGUUAUAACUCUUGCUUAUAACAUGAGUUGCAGUGAUAAUAAUGUGCAACUCAUGGUUAUAACAUGAGUUGCAAUGAUAGUAAUGUGUUGUAACUCAUGGUUAUAACAUGAGUUGCAAUGAUAAUAAUCUGUUAUAACUCAUGGUUAUAAUAUGAGUUGUAAGGAUAAUAAUGUGCUAUAACUCAUGGUUAUGUGGAGAUUUGACAGUAAACGUUUUGGGAAAGAAUUCCAAACUCAUGGUUGUAUAUUUUUUUAUAAAGAGACGAUAUUUAGCAGAAAUUUUUAGUUCUUCUUAAAGAAAAUUUUAGCAAAAAAAAAAAAAAAAAAAACAUCCAUCAGUUACAAAUUUCUAAUAGAGAAAAAAAAGUCACCAAUUGUCCAAAAUUUUGACCAAAUAAAAUAUAACUGCUAUAAAUUACAAAAUAUAAACUUCCAAAGAAAGUUCAAACUUAAAUUUGUAACUUCUCGUGAACUAUGCAAUAACAGAAUAUGGUUGGUGAUCGCACCACUUUUGUGAAAUUUCGCGGAAAUAAAUUUGCGAAAUAUAACUGAAAUCUAAAAUAUUUAUUUAUUUUACACUGUUCUAAAAUAAAUAAUUGUUAGUGAAAUAUAUUUCAUUUUUAAUGCUUCCGAAUAUUAUAGCAGGGAUGGGGUAGUUUGGGAAGGAUGUUCUUAUUUGAUAAUCUUUAUUUAUAUGUUUUCUACCACAUACGGCGAGAACAAAACAUUGUUCCUAUUAUAGUUUCUUUCAUUCUUUCUUAGGUAUUUUAGUUUUCUUUGAAUGUACUGUGGAACUUAGUAGAGAUAUGAGUGAAUGUAUAUAUUUUAUAAUGUUUGAUUCCUUUAGAUUUCUAUAAAAAAAAUUCUGUAAAAUUAAUUAUUUUUAUCAGCAUAUUCUAAUUUUAAAUGGUACCCAUCAAUAUUCUUUUGUUGGAAGUUUUAAUUAUAAAAAUACUUUUAAGUCUUUUUUUAAAGACAUAAAAAAACAAUGGUCGAUUUUAGAAAGCUUAAAAGUUAAAAUCCUCAAAAAAAGCCUUUAAAUUUCGAAAAUUAUUUAUGCGAUUACAAACUAACGUUUAAUAUUCUAUUUUAUAAAAUAAAAGUAUCUUCGGUUUAAAUUUCAUUAAAAUUAACAAAAUUCAGAAGAUUCUUUUCCACUUUGACUUUCAGAAAUUUGUAUCAACAAUCGCGUGUCAACAAUAUUGUCUGCGCCGGCGCAUUAGAGAGAUCAGGAAACCGAUACAAACCAAUCGUGAAACAUCUGUUCAUUCUACCUUACCUUUCUUUGAAAUGGAUUCUUCCAUGAAAAAGAACUCUAGCGCUUCCAACUCACGUUAUCAAAGUUGCAAUUAAAUGUUAUUUUUAUCGUUUGUGAAACAAAAAUAUUGAUAUAUAUAUAAGUUUCGCUUUUAUCUCUACUCUUAUGCUUAAAUCCCGGUGUGCCAAGUGUGGUGGAUUAUUGCAUUUCUGUUAAUUGUCAUUUCAAGAAUUGCUUAAUUAUUUGUCUUUACAAAUGUGUCCAUUUUGUUUUAUUUAUUUAAAAGGCAUUUUUCAUCUGGGUGAUAUCAGUCUUUUUUUUUUUUCACUUUUCCAUAAAUAUAUAUAAUGCCUUUCUGUGCUGAACAUUCCUUUUUUGAUUCAAAAUUAUUUAUAAUAUUUUUUCAUUUAUUAAUAUUUGUUAUAAUACCAAUAUGAGUAUUUGAUGAAUAAAUAUACAACCAAAAGCUCUCGAAUAGACAGUAACUGUAAAUUUAUUUUACGUAUUCUAAUGAAGUAAGCAUUCUAACAGAAUUUAAGUUUGUGAUUUUUUACGAAUGUUUAAGCAUUUAAAUGUUUAUGACAGAUUCUUCCUAAUAAGUUUUGUGCCAAAAUAUUUUCCUACGAACAAAGGUUUUAAAAACUCUUUAAAAAGUAAUAUAUAUUUGUUUGCUUUUAAUAAGAUUUAAUUUAGAAAAAUCUUUUGUUACAUCUAAGCAUGUUUAUAUUUCCAGUAUUUUCAGUAUUAUAAACCCUAAUUGUAUGUAGUAUUUUUAUUUAAUUAACUACAGUAUUUUGCAUACAAUUUUAUACAUAUCUUAAAGGUUAUAAUUUUACUAUGACAUUUUUAUACAGUCUGUAUUGCAAAUAUAUGUCAUGUGAAAUUUUUCUAUUUUUACUCAUAGAUAUUAAAAAAAACUAAGCUAUAUCCAUUAUUAAGCGAUGCAAUUAUUUUAAUACAGGUGCUGCAACAUGUCUUAUGAUAUCACUUUUUAAUAACUGCACGAUUCAACCAGUUCUAUCAUAUUCAUAAAUUAUAUGGCCUGUAUAUAUAUAAUCCCUCAUCUUAAAUUCUGGGAGAGGUGUUCCACUGUUUCUGAAAAAAAAGUAAAGAAUAUUUAUUAUUUUAAUCAAACUAUAAGCAUAAAUUAAAUGCAUUCGAAUUUUGAAUCUUCCAAUUAAAUUAUUCUUUGAUUAAAACUUAUCAUUAUCAGAUUUUAGAUGUAUUUAAAAACGCAAGCUGUAUUAAGAAAAUUCUGAUUGAUCAUUAAUCAAGUUUGCUUUAAGUUCAAGUUGUUAAAUUUAAAAGUCAUCUGUUUUGAAUCACACUUUGGAGCUACAAAUACUUAUUUGUAUAUUCUGUAUUUUGCUACAGCAGAGAAUUUGUAUCGGCUGGCUCUGUCAAAUUCGUCGGUGUGAUUCAUAAGAAUUGCGUGAUAUCAGGCCAGUCUAUUUUGAUAAGUAAGGAGACAGAAAUGAAUCAAAGUUUGUCAGAUCUAGUUGUGUUUCACAAUUUCUUAACUGGCAUCUGAUGCUAUAUGAAGACGUAAUAAGUGAGUUCGAAGCCUUUCUGUUUAUUCCAACCUUACUAUUUCUCUUCGACCCGCUCGUUAUUUCAUAAUUUUACCCCUGUUAGCAAAUGCACUAGUCUGUCUGAAGACAAAGGACCAACCACCAACUCGUCAGAGCCAUGUUGUAGCAACUACGUAAUAUAUCAAAUAUUCAUCUAUUCAUUGCAGAAAACAAGAUAUUUUUUAAUGACACUUUUUCAUAAUACUUCAAUAAUAUAUAUUUUUAGAUAUUUCCGAAUUACCAAAGGCAAUAACUGUAAUAAAAAUGGCAUUUCCUUUCAUUAAUUUUGGGAUCAAGGUUUCAGUUUUCCUUUCUAACUGAAAAUGAUAUCGAAUUUUCCAGUAUUUUUGUAUGUUCCAAUGAGUAGAGGUAUUAGUGUUUUUAAUGAAAGCAGGCCUUCGAUGGAAUUUGUUUUAAUGUUCAGUGAAAUGUUUUAUAUGUGUUUUUGUUUGUCUGUCCUAUUUAUAAUAUUAGUUAAGUGUUUAAGUGAAGUGUUUUUUUAUACUUAUUUAUGAAAUAAAUCAGCCCAAAUCAUGGCAGCUAUUGAACGAAAAAAAAAAAGAAUUUGCUGUAUCAUAUACAUUUAUAGAAAUGCCAGCUCCAUUAUAUUAUUACUUUCUUUUUCCAAUAAAAACUUUCUUGAAAUAAAUGCUUCGUCAUGUUUCUAUGCUCUUUUCUUAUAAAAUAAUAAGUUUUUUUUUUUUUUUUUAAUUCUGGUAAUUUAAAAAUGAUAUCUCAAGUCACCUUAUGCUGUAAAUUUUGAAGCUGGCAUUUAUAUAAUGUUAUUUUGAAAGCAAAUUUGAUUUGUACAUAAAUCAUUUUGGAUACAUCUGGGUGCUUUUUUGGGAACGCUUUUGCGAUGGAAAACUUUGUAACUGUAACUGUCAAAAAUAUUUCCUUUUGUCUCUUGGAAGAUUUUUAAUGAUGUGCAAAUAAAAUUUUAAUUCAAAAUUUUUUUUAAAAAAAUCCUCUUUUUUCUUUUUGUAUCAUUUCUAAGACUUGAAGAGUCUGUUGCAAAUGAUAUAUUUUUCUUCUGUUUUUAAAUUCAUUGUUUUAAAAUUCAAUUUUUAUAGAAAUAAUUAUUUUAUUAAUAGUAUAUGCAGCUGAAAAAAAUUAAUUACAUUUUCUAGUAAUCUGACUUUUUGUUUUCAAAAAGUUAAAAAUGUUUUGGUUUUCUUUUCUUUUCAAAUUUAGGUUUACAGUGUUUUUUUAAACCAAACACACAUAUCAAACUUUCAAGACUCAAGCACAUGUUUAUGCUGCUCAAAUGACAAGCUCUCUAUAAUUCAACAUUAAUAAUUAUAAAUAUUCAUUCUAUUUCUCGACUAAAGGUUUUUUUUCUAAAUUUAUUAAAUAAUUCAUUUUCUACAUAUGUAUUAUUUACAUAUUUUAAAGAGACAGUUAUGGACAUAUUUUUCACAGUAUAUCUUUCCCAUGUGUACAGUAUCCAUAUUGAUACAUACUUUUCACUUAUUUAUUUUUUACUUGUACUUUUUUUAUUUAUAUUUCAA